GCUACGUUUGUGAUUACAAUCGCCACAAACACUGUGUAGAUUCCCACUAGGGAAAACGAAGAAGAAGUCCUUCCACACACUUCUCUUCAUUCAACAAACGUUUUUUGUGUGUGUUUGGCGUGUACAUACUUUGGCUGUUUGUAUCCAAAAUGGUUCAAUAGUUUAUUACUAUUUGAAGAGGUGUAGCAAACCCCGUCUUGGACCGUUCCACAAGGUGUAGCUGUUAAGAGUGUGUGGUUCCGCAACUCCAUCGGAAAAAGGUGUAUCUUGUCCCGUGCUUGUGCGUGCUCACGAUUCACGCUGCAGUGUUUUUGGGAAGGUCCUUCUGUAUACUUUUUGUUUUGCGUUGGUUGGUACACACGACGGUGCAAAGGUCGAAAAUCUGUGCCUGUGCCUUUCGUCGCAUUAUUGCACCACACACUAAAUGUGAUUAUUGUGACGGCAGAGCGUGUGCGUGUGUGUCCCGUGUGUGUGUGGUACGGAUCAAGCGACGGCUCACUGCGAUGAGUAAACAGUUGGGGCGGGAUGGAUCGAUUGGAAAGUGAAUCGUUUUAAUGAAGCCGCAGUAGGGUUUGGAUUUGGCAUCGUCCGAACAAAAACAGCAACAACUCGGCAGCAGCUACUCUUCGCAUGAGUGUUUACAGAGUAGUAGGCCGACUGGUUCACACAAUUUCAUGAACCUACUCCCUCAUUGACCGAUCACUCCUAAGGAACGGACCAGCGACCAACUUUCAGGGUUCAGGCCAUGAAAUUGUUAUUCACGCCAGUACGAUAGACCAAACCGUGUGUGUUUUUCGUCCUGCUGUGGUGUUUGGCGCAUAGGAGCAGUCCGUGAACUAGAAAAGGAACUACUGCAGUGUGUCCUUUGUCCAGCGACGAAAGCUACUACCGAACGGGAACCAGUCAUCCAUCCGGCAUUCGAUAAAUGGAGAACCCAGCGGAUGAGGGCAGCGGAAGGAACCGAAGCAGCAAACCAUACUGAUACAAAGAAUCACACAAUGGUGCACAGUGGUGCGUUAGUUUCGCACUAUCUGCUGCGACCAUUAUCUUCUGCCGCUGUCGUCGUCGUCGCUGCUGCACCCAUUGCAACCGUACUGGACCGUAACAGCAGUAGCAGCAGCUCGUCGGUACCGUUGUUACUACGGUUACCAUCCUGCAAAUCGUACUGUGUGAAGCUACCGUCAAUCGGACGAAAGCCUUCUAAGCCAUCGUCACCGCUGGUUGCUGUAUCCUCGUCGUCGUCGUCGUCGUGUUUGUCGCCUCAACGCAAGUCUACGUCAAUUUUAAUUGUCUCCAACGGAUCGGAGCUGCCGGAGUGCAGGAGGAACAGUGGAGAGGAAGCAACCCACAAGAAGAAGGGUAGACUCGUCUACGAAGCUCACAGUCCGUAUCGAUCAGUAGCAGCGUACGGAAGGUUUCGCCGCCAACGAAGAUCGAUCGUAGGCCGGUAAAGCAUCGUGAUACCGGUGCAUUAGGCCUCUAGCGGUUAUUUGAAAGCCCCAAGCCGAGGUAGUUUAGGGAUACUGCCCGUCAACUCCCCCUGUAUUUAUUGUUGAGUGGCGCAGCUCCGUUUUUUUGGCCGUCAAGUGGAUAUCUGCGAGAAGCUUCUGGUAUCCGUAGUCGCCUCCCUUGUCCAAGUCAUCAUACUCAUUCCCAUCGUUCUCCAUUCGAUGUGUGUAUCACACUUUUAGGCGGCACAAUCAUUUACACAAGUACACGCGUAGUGCAUUACUGCUUCGUAGGACAACGGUAGGAACAGAAAGCCGAGAACGAGAAAUUAUAUUGACAAACUGUAGAGCAAACCCCCUAUCAAGGGAGGACGUUGAAGUUUUUCGCACGAGGACAAACGAAUCUAACGAGCCGCCCUCCAAGACCACCAGCAAUGAUGUACUAUGGCAAGGACAGUAGCAGUGGCGGUGGAAUUUCCGAGCUGGACACGAUAGCGAACGUGAUCGGGUUGAAGGGCGUCGGUACGUCGUCGCUGCGCACCUUCGUCGAGAUGUGGUACCACAUCUUCCUAUGGGCACUGUUCUCCUCCAUCUUCGUGCACACUUGCGCGGCCGUGAUCGCGUUCGCGACGCUGCGGAAGCACAAGUUUGGACGCUUCUUUUCGAUCUUUAUCUUCGUGAUGGGUGUCCUAUCGCCGGCGACCGGUGGCGUCGUCAGCAGUACCGUCAUUGCCUUCGUACACAGAGCGUCCAACUUUCAGAUGUCACCGAUCGCGGCCAUGAUCUGGGGCGUCGGCCAGACGAUCGUGUCGGCGUGCUUCGGGUUUACGCGCAUCCUGGCCACACUGUAAGGGACCGCCCGCCAUCAUCGCCCGGCAGGCCAACCUGACUCUGCCCAUCUGUUUCCUCUCCUUUUUCUCUCUAUCUCCUCUCCGCCCCCCUGGGUUUCUAUUCCCUUGUUCCACCCUCCGAGGCACAUGCUCUUAGUACUCCUACUGCUGGCUAACUUGUCUGGUGGGAAGGCCCCUAUUGGAAGACUGGUAUUUUGCUGAUACCCGUGUUGGUAUGAUUGUGAUAUUGAGCGCGUUUUAGGGGGGGAAAAAACUCGCCAUAAUAGGAAACAAAAAGAGGUUCGUAAUACGUUUUACGCAUUCGGUGGAUUAAGUGCCGGGUAGUGAUGGCGGUCGAAAUAAAAAAAAAUUGCCAGCAAAGAAGGUGGGACUGUAACAAGAAGAAGGAAGGGAAAAAAAUGCAACAACAGAUCAUUCAUAGUAGAAAUACAAAAACGGGAAUCCCAUACACUUCAUCAUGAAGCAAACAAAAAAAAAGCAAAACGAAUACACAUCACAAGAGGAAAAAAAAGAAUUGAACCACGUUGAGCUUAGGAAAAUUAGAAAAACGGAAACGGAAACUAAUGUAUAGUCGGACAAAACCCAACAGAAGGUCCAUUCAUCGAGCGGACGCAAUUGGCGAUGUUUGUUUCAGUUUCUGGCGUUCUUUUAAAAAGUGCAAAAAUUAGUGCAAAUUCUAAAGCAACUAACUUCGCCAGCAGAAGCAGCUACAUACCGAUGGGAUAGGAUAACCCUAUACCAAUAAUAGGCAAUAUAGCUUUGACGGUCAUAGAGUUCCCGCUCGCCCGUUAGUUGUACGAAAAACGGUGACAUAAGCUAACAAAUCAAUGGAAGUGAGGCAAACCGUUGCGCGUAACGCACUGCUCGGCACGUGCCCAGUUGGGCAGUUCGUCAGACACGGCAACGUGACGGCAAAUUUCACAUCUUCCACGAUCGCUACCAACGUACUGGUGAUUCUCCCCCAUGCCCCCCGAGGGUUUAGAAGCGCCAUGCUACACGGCACACGAAGAAUGCAGGCUCGUACGGCCUCUCAUGUAUAUCCAUCUGAAUGUGUGUGUAUGUAUGCUUUCGAAACGGCUUCGGAUUAUAGUGAGAGAAUCAAUAAUGAAUUAGCCACAAUUACCAAUUAGUAAUCCAAGACAUUACACAAGAAGCAGCAAACGCGAAUCGAGACAUUAGUGAUCCAACAAAAUGCUACUGUUGUACAAGUGAAAACUGCUCCUCUAGAUAUGUAAUGUACCACUACUAUCAAUCAUUUAUCAACGCGGCAACAAUAGUGCCGCAAAAUAGCGUGCGGGCACCGCGAGUGCGCUCGUGCACCGGAACAAGUACUGUGUAUUGUAUGGUAAGCAGAAACUGUUAUUUUAAAAAACUUAAAAUUCGUAAUACGGCUCUCGGCUCGGGUUACGUUUGCGAGGAUGAAGUGUUGCGAGACAGAGGUCCCAAAACUCUGGUUCGGCAAAAUAUCUACCAAAGAGGGGAUUGCGACCACACCAACAGCAACACAUCACACACACACAAUAAUAAUAACGCUGUAAGGUUGGGAGCAUACAGAGGGGAUCAAGUUCUACUACUCCCCAACAGUCGUAGGGGCUGUCUUAACUCUGCAGCAGAGCCAUAAUAAGGACCGGUUGGGGAUAACCGCCAGCUUUGUGAUUCUCCGGCAAAAGAAGCGGCAGGUCGGGUGGACUGCUCGCCCCAGCAAGUGUAAUGUAAGAAUUAUAGUUUUGCCUAAUUUUAUAUUAUGACCCGUUCUUGUUUUUUUUUUUAGAAACGGUAGAACAUGGUAGAAAGAUAGGGAACAUGGUUGUUUUGUAUAUUUUUGGUAAUUUACAUUCAUUUUCCGUACGCACGUGUAUGGACCGGAGUUCGGUUAGACAUUAUACACGCGAGCUCUGUGUUUUUAUCCGUUUAUUUGAAGCAUUAUUAUUAUUGUAAGUGAUUUUAUUUUAUCUUUUCCAUUUGAAGUUCAUGGAUGAAGGUGUUAGGACUUGAAGUUUUUAUCCAAGCGAUUAUCAACAGCGGCGUGGGUGCAGCGCGAACACGUUGCACACCAACACACAAGCAAAUAUGGAAAUAAACUGAAUCAAUUCAAGAACAAUAA